AUGUCAAGUGAAGUGACAAGAGCUGAAAACGAAUAUUCUAAAAAGACUCAUAUACAUUCUAUAUCUGAAAUAACAGACUUAAACGUUAGCCUUGAAAAGAAAGCGGAUAAGGAAUAUGUGGCUAGUAAGUUAGAGAAGAAAGCAGAUAAGGAAUAUGUGGAUGAAAAAGAUAAUGAAAUUAAAGAAAGGGCUGAAUGGUAUCAUGAAUGGACAUCGAAGAUUUUAAAAACUAAAGCUGAUACAGGAUGGGUUUCAGGAUGUUUAGACCUUAAAGCAGAUAAAACUUAUGUUAACGAUGAGUUAGAGAAGAAAGCAAAUAAGACUCAUACACAUACAAGUUUUACAACUGUUAGAGCAGAUGACAUAAUACUGAACUUUGACCUUGGUUCAAGUGCACCUUUAGAAAAUCCGAGUACAAGCGUAAAAGAUACUCUUAACAAUUUAGAUAAGAGUUGCAGGAACAUUGAAAGUCAUGCCAGAAACUUUGAAGCAUAUGAACUACCCGCAAUGUUAGAUAAGAAAGCAGACAAAACAGAGCUUCAAACAUUAAAGACAGAAAUACUUCAAACAUUAUAUCCUAUAGGCUCUAUUUAUACGUCAAUGAACUCAACAAAUCCAGAAACAGUUCUGGGUUUUGGAACUUGGACUCAAAUAGUCGACAGGUUUUUGUAUUGUGCAAACUCUUCAAAGGAAACAGGUGGAAGUAAAACGAUUUCAGGUGAAAAUUUACCUGCACAUAGUCACUACAUAGAUUUAAGUACAUCUCAAGCAGGUUGGCAUAGUCAUAGAUUUUGGGAUUGGUCAGGAAUGACAAAAGGUAAAGGAUAUGAU